UCCCUCCUCUGUUUCUCUCUCUUUGCUGUCAAAACACACGCGCAUUGUGCACUGCCGCCUUUCUCAGUCUGCUCGUAAUCUCCGUCGACUCAACGAUGACCGGCGACCAACGGAGAAUGUCCAUAGACGGCGAGAACGUGCAGCUACCUAUCAGUCCUAAGGCACUAGCUGUGCAUGAUCCACCAAAGUUCAAUCAAGGAGGUCAGAUUAAUUCCUCUGUUUUUGCUGGAGACCGCGACACGAUGCAAAAUGGAGCUGCUGAGGCAGUUAUCUGCAAUUCCAAGAAACUUCAAGAUGCAAUGCAGGAGAUUGGUCUAAAAAUUAAACACCAUGAAGAUAAUAUCAAAUUCUUAAAGGCUCAGAAGAACAUAUUGGAUGAUUCAAUUUUAGACACACAAGUUGCUCUUGGCAGGUAUCAAUCAGCAAGUGAACCUGGUUCUGAAAAUAAGGAAUCUUCCAAUAGGCGGAAUGAAGAGGAGAUCAUUGAACGAAUUCUAAAACAUGAUAAAUCUGCAGCUGGCAUCUAUUGCCAGCUGAAAACUCAUCAUGGACCUCAGGUUACUCAUCUUCCGUUACUGAAGGACGUGAUAGGAAUUGUUGCUUUGCUUGGGAAGGUUGAUGACGAUAAUCUCAGCAGGUUGCUCUCAGAUUAUCUGGGGCUAGAAACCAUGUUAGCAGUUGUUUGCAAGAAACCUGAUGGAAUUAAAGCACUGGAAACUUAUGAUAAGGAAGGUUUUAUAAACAAAAGUUCUGGUCUCUAUGCCCUUGGAGCUUCAAUUGGUAGGGCUUUGGAUGCCCGAUUUCUUGUUAUCUGUCUUGGGAACUUAAGAUCAUAUGAAGGUGCAUUCAUUGCUGAUGACCCUCAGAGGAGGCUAGCUUUAAUGAAGCCAAGAUUGCCCAAUGGGGAAACUCCUCCUGGUUUCCUUGGUUUUGCUGUUAAUAUGAUCAAUAUUGACAGUGCGAACUUAUAUUGUGCUACAAGCACUGGUCAUGGCUUGAGAGAGACUCUCUUCUAUAAACUCUUCUCACGGUUGCAAGUAUACAAAACAAGGACAGAGAUGCUGCAGGCACUAACUGUCAUAACACAUGGAGCCAUAUCUUUGGAUGGUGGGAUUAUAAAGAGUAAUGGUGUAUUUGCCCUAGGCAACAGUGAAGUAGAGGUCAAAUUUCCAAAGAGUUCCGGAAGGUCAAAUCUGCCUGAAAACUAUUUUGAUACUGAGAGCCGGUUGAAAGAGCUGAAGUGGAAAAGGGAUAGAUUUCUGGAAGAUUUACAUAGAGAACAAACAUUGCUGGACCAUGCAAAGUUCAACUUUGAAAUAAAGAAGCAGGAGUUUGUCAAGUUUCUUGCACACAGCUCAUCCUUUGCUACCCCGCAAAAGUUUCCGGCAGUAGGGGAGCGGUCGACCCCGAUAUCAUGAUUGCGUGGGAAAUUUUAGUCCAAUUCUAGUAUUAGACAGGAGGAAGCUUUAUCAGUGAAUUCAAAGUUACAACUUUAAUUUAUAGUCUGGACAAUGCUCUCUUGGAUUGCAAGGAUUAUAUGUGCAGUUAUAUGUUAUCCUUGUUUGGGUCAAUUUUAGAUUUGGACGACUUAUGUCUGUCUGAUUAUUCUUUAGGUCAAUUUUCAAAAUGGAUCACUCACUCAGGACAGGCUACCCUUUUCUCCUUAUAACUUCUUUUAUGUAUAGAAUGUGCAUCAACUGUACAGUCGUGUUAGCUUGUAAAUUCUCUUGAUACUUAAAGGUUGAA